AGAGGCCCGCAGCCAUGCGCGGUCCCGCCCCGGCGCGGCUGCGCGGAGGGGAGCGGAGCGGGGCCCGGAGCCACCAGCACAGCGCCGGCCGAGGGGAAGGGGACGAGAGAGGCCACAGGCAGCCUGCCCUGCCCUGCGUCGGGCCGCCGAGUCCGGCAUGGAGAAACAUCUGUUUAAUCUGAAGUUUGCUGCAAAGGAACUCAAUAGAAACUCAAAAAAAUGCGACAAAGAAGAAAAGGCUGAGAAAGCAAAAAUUAAGAAGGCAAUCCAGAAGGGUAACAUGGAAGUUGCACGAAUACAUGCAGAAAAUGCAAUCCGACAGAAGAAUCAAGCAAUUAAUUUCUUGCGCAUGAGUGCCAGAGUAGAUGCUGUAGCAGCAAGAGUUCAGACUGCAGUGACAAUGGGCAAAGUAACGAAGUCAAUGGCGGGGGUAGUUAAGUCUAUGGAUGCCACUUUGAAGAGCAUGAACUUGGAAAAGAUAUCUGCACUAAUGGAUAAAUUUGAGCAUCAGUUUGAAACACUAGAUGUUCAGACACAGCAGAUGGAAGACACAAUGAGCAACACUACUACGCUAACAACGCCACAGAACCAAGUGGAUAUGCUUCUACAGGAAAUGGCAGAUGAAGCAGGUCUUGAUCUGAACAUGGAACUACCUCAAGGACAGACAGGUUCUGUUGGUACAAGUGUUGCCUCAGCAGAACAGGAUGAGCUGUCACAGAGACUGGCCCGCCUUCGUGAUCAAGUUUAAGUUAAAACAAAGCUGCAGUCUGUGUACAUGCUUUCAAAAUGCCCUUUCUGUGACUAACCCUUCACUACAAACGUGGCUUAGGUGUUUAAUAUUUGUAAUAUAGGGUACUUCACUUCAAGCUUGCUCUUCUUUCUAAAUACAUCGAGUAAUCCAAAGUAUCAGCUCUCUAAUGUCUUUUUCUGUACAUUUUGAAGUUGAUAUAUUUUUUGCAAGCUUUUUUCACAAAAUCAAGUUGAUAUUCUAAGUCAGCUAGUAAUGUUGGCACAUUCUAGCUAAACAAAAAGCAGAGUGUCAUUGAUAUAUAUUUUAAAUUAUGAAGUGAUUUUUUUUAAAUUAUGAGAACUGUUUAUGGCUGGAGAACUGAUGUAUACAGUUCUGAUGAUUGUACUAGCCAACUUUCUUAAACAGCCAAACUCCUGGAACACGGAGGUGGACAGUGUGGACUUCAUGAAAAUACGCUUGUUAAAAAUGAGUGGACUUCAGUCUGUGGUGGUUUUAGUAUUUUAAAGAUAAGGUAACUGUUCUGAGAUUAAUGGUUCAGUUCAAAAGUGAGUUUCCAAAAGCUGUUUUAAUAUAAUUGGGAACUUGCAUGGUUUCAUCACUUUAGUACAGGAGGAAUAAAAUGUAUUUUUCAACUCUU